AAGAAGCCAGGCAGCUAGGCGGUGGCGGAGUACCUGGAGGGCAAGAAGAAAUAUGAAGACAUGAGGAAACAGAAACUGAAGAAGGGAUCCAGCAGAGAGGCACAGACAAUGGCGCUGCUGGACCGAUUCAAGUCAAAGCUAUCUUCAGCCAUCACUGAGGCCCCUGAGGAGGCCCCUGAGGAGCUGGCAGAGGACAGCGACAAAGGAUGGAUGGCCCAUGUUCUCCAGUUUGAUGAGCAAACCAGGAAAGUUAAGGAUGCCAACAUGCAGGACGAAGACACGUUUGAGAUCUACGAUCCACGCAACCCUGUCAACAAACGGUGGAGAGAGGAGAGCAAGAAGAUCAUGAAGGAGAAGAAGGCCAAGAGGUGAGGGGUCAGGGGUUAGGCAUGGAGAUUAACCCCAGCCAUGUGACCGACCAGGCCUCUCUUCCUCUAACCUACCACUUCGAAACAACUGUCUCUCCUGCCUGCCUGAGUGAACUUUGAACCCUGGAAUGCCAUGAAUGACCAAAACAAAGCUAUUUAUGAGAAACUGUUGGAAUCCGUUCACAUCUGAACUAAGGGAACAGUUAACACGGGGCUAACGUGACUCCAGCCCAUCAGGGUUAUCCCUGAUAAAAGGGAAACGCACGCGACCUGACAGCUAUAGCUAAUCUAAAACUCUCCGUCAUCAAUACAUAGUAUCCUAUCAUUUUGAACUGGAAUGUGAACCCACAUUUCUAAGAAUAGGGUCAUUUUCUGUCAUCAUUAAAGCUCUGGAUGUUGUGAUUGUGUGAGUAUUGGGAAGUAAAAGUGAAAAGGUGAGUUGAGAAAUGCCCAGGUAUCCAGUUAAAGUAGUAAGGGUGAUGGAUGAUGGUCCAAGUCAUUGAUAUCAACAUGUCGGAUGAGCAAUAUCAUGAACAUGUUCUGAUAAUAAAUGACCU